GGUGAUAUGUUGAUGUAGAAAUUUUUUCAGUAAAUUAGUUUGGCUGAAUCCAUCUCUAAAUUCACAAGUGUUUUCCUUCACUCCUCCGAUUAAGCCGAAAGGAAUACCUGUUAAAAUGUUGGAAACUGCAUCCUCUCCUGUUACCUACAGCCUAUCCACUGCACCCGACUCAUUUGACCCGUAUGUGUGCAAUUUAUCGUCGAAAUUCAAAAAAAUCGCCUUAGAAGAACUCCGCGAAGAUGACAACAUCCGAGGUCAAGCAUUAGCUCAAUUCCGUGAAUGGAUAGCCAAACAUCCGACGAUCAAAAAGUGUCGAACCGAUGCCGUUUUCCUGUUGAGAUUUUUACGCACGAAAAAGUUUUCAGUUCCUGCUGCUUGCGAGAUGUUAGAACGGUAUCUGACUAUUCGUCAAUUACAUCCACAAUGGUUCAAGAGAUUGGACAUCGAAGACAAGGGCAUUGAUGACAUAAUAAGCUCGGGCUAUUUGAUACCAUUACCGCAACGUGACGCCCACGGACGACAAUUGAUUUUGUCGUGUGCCGGUAAAUUUGAUCCGUACAAGCAUACAUCGGAAGAAAUGGCAAGAACUCAUUCGCUGGUGUGCGAAGCUUUGAUUGAUGACGAAGAGUCACAAGUUGCCGGAUACACAUACGUGAACGACGAGUCGGGACUAAGUAUGGGAUUGAUAAGUCUUUGGUCUUUGACAGAGAUGAAGACUAUGAUCAAGUGCAUUCAGAACUCAACACCGAUGCGUCACAAAGAAACUCAUUUCAUGAACAUGCCUUCAUAUGCGAAUAAGGUCAUUGAAUUUUGCAUGACCGUGCUGACCGAUAAGCUGAAAAACCGUGUGGUGUUGCAUAAAAAUCUGGAGGAACUAAAAACCAAAGUCGAUCCGAAACUACUGCCGAAAGAAUACGGUGGCACGAUGCCGAUGAGCGAAAUGAUCGAAAUAUUCAAAGAGAAGGCGCGAAAAAACCGUGCCGCUAUAUUGGCAUUGGACGAUAUGUACAUUGAGGUAUCCAAGGAAUCGGUCAAUUUUGCCGGCAAUGAUGAUGUUGACAUGGAUCCGGGCAUGGUUGGUAGUUUUAGAAAAUUGCAGGUCGAUUAACCUUGAGCGAACGCGCACCACGCGCAGAGAUUUUUUAUUUAUGAAAAUUUUGUUUUUUUUUUUGAUACAAAAAGUAAUUUUAAGUUAAUGAACACACACGUAAACGCAGCACCGGACAAAAAAUAAUUAAUUUUUUUUUUACAAUUGAAUGAUUUUUGUAGACAAUAAUUGGGGUUAGAGAACUAUACGAUUUCCAUUAAAAUUUCCUGUAAUUUUUGCACAUUUUAUUUCCGGCUUCAAAUUCUCUAGGUGUGUCGUCAGUUGGGACGACACAAGGUGCUUUUGUAGUGCUAAACGGGGCGAUAAACUUUCCACAAUGUAAAUAAAUGAAAUAUUAACUUAGGCUUUUGAAUGUAAUGGUAAUGCUAAUCGGUUGCUCAAUCAUUAACGACGACCAACUAAAUCUUAGAAUGAGUCAAUCUCCACUCAAAAAACAAAUUGAGAUCUCCGUCAUUUGAACCGAUGCUUGUCUCAGUUCUGUUAAUAAAAUCGAGUGGCUGAAUUAGCAUUUCCAUUAUCGAUCACGUAGCAUGGGUGACAUCCAUAAAGCACGUCCGCAAUUCAGUGCUGUCAGAGAUAGUAUUACCCCGAGAAAUGCGCAAUUUCGGAAGGUAAAGUGGAGUAAUGAGUAAUUGGAUACAUUUGACACUUCAGAAAAUCAUAUGGAGUUAUCAAUAAGUAAAGACCUAUAUGGCAACACUGAAUUGCGGACGUCCCUUAUGGAUGUCCCCGUGACAAAGAGCAACCAGGAACAAUUUUUUUUUUUUAUUUUGUAAGGAAAACAAUUUUAGUUUGUAGCACACAAUUUUUCUGUACUUGACACUCACUCUUGUUUAUUUUUGCAAAUAUAUUUUGGUGAGCCUAUAGGUGGAAUUAAGUUACCAUAUCUGUGAUCCUAUUACUUUGUUUUUUUGAUAAAAUGGGACGAAAAUAGUUUUUAUAAAAAAAAAUUUUGCUUAAGAAUUUUCUUUUAAUUACACAAUAAAGAACACUUAAUCGGAACAAAA